CGAAGCUUUUGUUGACUCGCUUAGUGCUUGCAAUUUUGGAAGGAAGAACAUUUGACUUUGACACAUGAGGUGGCGAGUUUGGCUAGGUAACAUAAUGGAAAUGUAUCGGACUGCAAAUCCUGGAAUGACGGUUCGACCCCGUCCUUGGCCUCGGAGAGUAGCGAGCAGCACGGAACUUGAAUCAAAUCAAUCAAAUGGCAUAGCUCUAUAUUUUGCAUCUUCCCUGAAUAAGUAAGGCCCCCUUCUUUCUAAUUCGAAAUUGAGGGUCCUUUGUUUGUUAAAAAUCCACAGACAACAUUCUGGAACUUCCAAACCAAAAAAUACAAGGAUGAGAAGGAGCUUUUACGUUACGCUUCAAUAGAAUGAAAUUUGGAAGGGUAGAAUACGCCCCAUGGUCGAUCGAAGAUCCUGUACUACUUGAACUCAAAUGAAUCUAUCUUACUUUCAAUCCAUCUUUGUCCAGCCAGCUCAUAAGAAAAUGUUAGACCAAUCUCAGAGCUGACACAACCGAAUUGGUUGAAGAAAAGGAAACCCCAACGACCAAGUACUCCCGCCCCAAAAAGCGGAAACCGAACAACCACCAGGCUCGUCUGAAGAGGAGGCGGGCGCCCUCUAAGUUUACCACCCUACCCACUAAUGGACUAUGAGGAGAGCAGGCGAACCGGAACCGACCGAAUCACUGUAGCAAACCCUCCCUUUACUCAAUAGAUAGCGCUUAUCCAAAAACUUCGCUCCGAUCGCUUAAUCUUUCCAAAAGCUUCGCUUAAGCUCAAAAGCUCGAAGAGCUUUAGCAAGUAAACUACCUUAAGCUCUUCGAGCUUUAGCGAGUCAACUCCCUCUUUCAAAAAAAAAAUGAGAAAUGGAAAAAGGUCUUUAUUGAAAAGGCUUUGCACCUGAAAUAGGACUCCAUAAGAAUGAGUCUGGGCUUUCAAAAAUUUGAAAAUGCAAGGUAUGUAGCCGCUUAUGCGAAGCUUAGGGGGUAAAAAGAAAGUCUUUUGAACAACCAACCUGACAUAAGGCAAUGCAAUUGCUCGCCCACUUAGAGCAGAUGGAGAUUCUCGGGCAGGGAAAGGUGGCACUCGACAUCUAUUAAACAACACCAAGAACAAAUACCAUGUCCUCGAAAGAAACUCGUGAUGAAUGAAUGCUGCCCUCGAGGACGUGUAAAAGAAGGUCUUUGCCCAUGACCUCUCAGUAGAAGGAAAAGGCCGUGGAGACUUUGACCGGAUGAAUAGGCAUGCUAUCAUGAUAGAAAUUUGGAUUCAGGAAAAUAAUCCAGGAUGAACGCUUUUUUCGUUCGCUAUGUGCUGACUGGAUGCGUACUCGCGCGAUCGAUCGAUGGCCGAGGAAAUUGCGUGAAUGACGAGACCGGCCUAACCUAAAGUAAAGGCUCUUCCCUCUCUUAAUGGUGAAUCUUUAUUGACUGACACUAGGAACCAAUUCGGAGAAACAAGAAGCAUGGCAUGAGAUAGGCGGCGGAACAAUUUCCGAUAGCGAAUUACUUCACUCGAUGGAGGGAGGUUUGGAACUCAAGGACGAAAUCAAUGUUGAGUCAACAAUCAUCGAGAAGGGCACCACCGAGCGAGAUCGAGACCAGCACCUUGUAUAGGGUUCCAAAACUGCCCUUCUUCCAACCAAUAUCCUAUGCAAGCUUUAGCUUGACUAACAAGCGAGAAACUUAUGGAAAGGUCCCCUUACUAUAGAUAGGCUCGAAUUUGACUUUGAUUGCAGGGAAUGUAAUAGCGAAAGCUAUGCUUUUGUUUACACGCUUAGUGCAUUAAGAAUGAAGCGAAGCUUUCGGACCAAAGCGCGUUAGCGCAACUCUCCAAAAGCAUAGCUUUCGCUAUUACAAACCAAAAGCUUCGCAUAAGCUCAAAACCUCUUCGAGCUUUAGGGAGUCAACUACCGAAAGCUUCGCUUAAGCGACUUCUUUCCGAUCGCUUAAGCUCAACUUCGAGCUUUAGGUUGUUUACAUGCUCAGCCCUUGCUUGUUUUAAAGCUAAAGCUUAUUAGAAGCUUUUGUUUACUCGCUUAGUGCAUUAAGAAUGAAGCGAAGAUUUGGGUAUGUAGUCGCUUAUUAGAAGCUUUCGGGUCAGAUACUCCUUUAAUAAGAUAGAAAGGGCUUUUUCAGCUUGAUCGAAAUCGAUUCUAUGAUUGAAUAGCAGAUACUUAGUAGUAUAAACUCGGAGAGACAGAGAGGGGACUCUAUCAUACCUGCGAACUCCUAGGAUGAGAAGUCAGUCUCUUGUUUUUGGCAGGAAAAGUUCUACCUUCGGUAGAGUGGGUCUACUUAGCGAACUGGAAGGACGCGGAGAUCGAUUGAUCAAUAUGAAUCUCGAGAGUGGAUGGUUGACUGCCGCCCCCUUGUCCUGGAGUCUCUCCGGCCGGGGAGAGGCUUGCUAUCGUAACCUUUUCCCCGGUGUAUGUGAAAAAAGUGACGAACCCAUUUAGGUCAUAGGUUAGUCCAAAGAACGAGAGUCGGCUUCCUUAAGUCCGUUGUUCCUCAGUAGCUCAGUGGUAGAGCGGUCGGCUGUUAACUGAUUGGUCGUAGGUUCAAAUCCUACUUGGGGAGAAUUUAUAGUUCUCGCUUUUCUGACCUAGCGACCCCCGUCCUUCUACUUCGUUUCUAAAUUAGCAGAAUCGUGAUCCAAAUUUUGGGUUGGUUUUUCUUCCUCACUUUCCAAAAGCUUCGCUUUAUUCAUACCAAAAGCUUGCUUGCUGUAGCCCUUUUUUAGUAGACUAGGCUUAGUCAUUUAAGUAGGCUCGCAGCUUCGCCAGAAGCGACGAAGGGGGGCUGGGGAAGAAGGCCGACGACUACAUGAGAGGGAAGCUGUCUACGAAGCUUUGCCCCUUGCUUUACAGAGAUUGUUAUGAACUGACUAAAUGACUCGAUUCCCCCGGAACGCUAGCUAAGCUAAUAGUAUUCGUUUCUCAAUAAGCUUAUUGAUUGAUUCAGCGAACAAAUCGCCUCCUUCUUAGAACCCAUUGAGGAGGUCCUCGGCCCGGGAAGGGGAGAGUGGCCGAGUGGUUAAAAGCGACAGACUGUAAAUCUGUUGAAGUUUUUCUACGCAGGUUCGAAUCCUGCCUCUCCCACUUGUUUGUUGUAGACUUCAGAGAAGAGAAAGAAGGCAUUCGUCAGCGGAGGAAGGCCAACCGAGCGAAGCUCUUUCUUUUGGCCGUGAAGUUCAAUUGUAUCGUAUGUUAGUUAGAGAGGUUAGCGAACUACUACGAUCUAUAGAUUCUCCAUCUAUAUCCAAUCCCAACGAGAAUAGAAGCGAGUCGCUUCCGGCUUGGCUUGUAAUCGUAGUCUUUUAGCUUAUGUAGUGGUCGGCCUUCCUACACGCACGCGCUCGCAAAACUUGCCUUGGUUCGGGACGAAGCCAAGCCGAUACAUACGAUAGGCGAAGGAACGUAGUCGCUUAUUAGAAGCUUUUGUUUACACGCUAAAGCUAUGCUUAUGGAAAGACCCCCAUUUCAUAGCGCCUGGAGAACGCAAGUUUGAUCGAGGAUUGGAGAGGAAAGGUGGAAGAAAAGGCUCGGGAUGGAUUUAGGAGUCUUUGUGCGAGCCGUAUGCGGUGAGAGUCGCACGUACGGUAACGAGGGGGGUUCGCGUCUAUACGUGUAGUGUGGUGGUUGGGCCUACCCACCCUAUUUGUUCCAUGAUCUAUGGGUCUACAGGAGCUACCCAUUUCGAUCAAUUAGCCAAGAUUUUGACCGGAUACGAAAUCACUGGUGUUCGAUCUAGUGGUAUUUUUAUGGGGAUUCUUUUUAUCGCUGUAGGAUCCCUAUUCAAGAUCACUGCAGUUCCUUUUCGGGCGGCUGUAGGACGGACGGCCGCCUAUAAGUGGUAGGGUAGGGUGGGUGGUACCGCUCAGAUUGCGGCCAAUCUUCCUAACCGCGCGCGGGCCGGGCCGGGCUUAGAGCGCGUGAAACUCAUCACUACCUCGUAAGGGCGUUGAGACCAUAGCAUGUUAAACGAAAGCGCCGCUUUCUCUCCAGUGUUGUCACACAGCUGCCCGCCUAGAAGAGCCACUCGCUCUCUAGUGUUGUCACACAAGAUAAGCACGCCGCCCGCCUGCUGGCCGGGCGAAUCGAAGUUCUCUUCCGGUCAACUGUCCACCCAGUCAAGUGCAAAAAACACAGUAGAAUCACGCAAUGCACGCUGCUGGUGUGCUUCCUGCCCGCGAGGAAAGAAAGAAGAGCGACAAGGUUCAGAUUUGACUGUUUGCAGUAUGGGAGCAGAUUACCCAAAAAAUCCCUGGGAACAAUGAAAAAAAUAGAUAUCUCGGUAUCGAAAACUAUAGGAGGCUGUAUUGGCGAGAUCCAACGGUAAACAGCUGCCUAAAAGAAAAACCGCCUGGAAGUCCGAGGACCUUUAGUACUGUACCCUACCCCCGAACCAGCAGCCUUCGAGCCAAGCAAGACCGCCCUUGUCCCUUUCCUUUCUCCAUUCUGCCUUCUUCUUUGCUUUGUUCCAAAAGAGUCUAAGGCAAAGCGAAAUUCGUAUGCCUACUUUACCUACUUUACGUAUGUAGUCGCUUAAGCGAAGCUUUUUUUGACUCGCUACUUGGUAUGAAGUCGCUUAUUAGAAGCUUAUGGAGCUUUUGGAAGGAAGGAAAGUCGGAGAUCGAUAUUUUCUUAGUUUUUCAUCGAAAACGAAGAAGACCGAGAAUUUCCAUCUUUCUUUCGAAAGAAGGGAACACGCUUUUUGCGGUGGUAUGAUUUUCGGGCCUUCUCCUCGUUCCGCUCGCUGGCCUAUUGGGAUAGCAGCCUUUGUUGCCUGCUCGCUCUUUUCUUUUUUAUAUAAUAAAGAAUUCAGGCUCGGCCCGGGAAAGCGCUGGCAACAACAGAAAGGAAGGGGUCCAUGUAGCUGCUGCGUCCGCUCCCUUCUUAGUCAAUAGAGCAGCAGGUUCGGCAUCUACUACAAAAGAGAGAAUCCACUUCAGAUAACCACGCCUCUGCUAGGCAGCGUGUGGAAUGGCCGAGAGCGGACCUUUUUG